UUAGCUGCCCCCCCUCCACAAGCUGCUGCCCCCCCUCCCUCCCCAGAAGAUAUUAUAGUGAACAUUGACUGCCUGCUGCAGCUGUUUCAGUGGUGUGAGCAGUGCAUGCGUGAGAGUGUGAUCCAGACGCAGGGAGACAGGACGUGCCUCUCUGUGACCCAACACUGCCAGAGCUGCAACCACCUCAGGACAUGGGCAAGCAACGUGUCUGCUGUCCAGACACACAGAGGAAAUGGGGAGGAGCCACAGAACACCCAGGUGGGUAUUUAAGGAUUAACAGUUGAUAUUGUGAAAUAACUAACUUCAGUUAUUUCUAUUCUGUGGUAUCUCUAGUUAUUUUAUUAAAAAUAAAAGACAGAAUUAUAACUCCAAUAAUGGUGUAUUCCUUGCUUAGGUUGCGGAUGUGCAAGUGGCCCUUCCGUCUGAGGACGCAUAUGAGGCCCUGGCGCUGACUGGCUCUCUGGAGAUGGAGGUGACUGUAGACCAGCCACCAAGACCAGGGGGAAGUGGUACGUCCUUGGUGAGGGAGAAGAAGGAGGGGAACAAAGGAGCAGAGGAGAGCAUGAAAGUAACUGAGGUGGUGUUGGACAGUGAGACGGACAGUGCACAAAGCCAGGAGGAGAAUGACCUGGUGUUGGACAGUGAGACGGACAGUGCACAAAGCCAGGAGGAGAAUGGCCUGUCCUCACAGGAGAAUGAGGGAGGAGAGGAGAGAAGGGGAAAGUCCCUAGGAGGUAAACAACAGGAGAAUGGUGCUGAGCAGCAGGCCUCUAUUGAGGUGACAAUAUACUCUAUAGAGCCUGAGGACUCUGAAAGCCAAACCUCUCAGAUAGACAGAGAAGGAGAGAAGAAGCAAGUGGCUGCAGAUGGGUGUGAGGGGGAGGGUGGUGAGUGUGAGAUGGAGGGUGAAGAGACAGAUGAGGAAGAGGGACAGAGAGAGAAUGACUCUGAAUUUGACCCAGAGGAGGAGGAGAAGGAAGAGGGACUGAUAGAGAGUGACUCUGACUUUGACCCAGAAGAGAAGAAACCAACGGGUAGUAGGUUGAGAGGCAGGGGGAGAGGCACGGGGAGAGGGGGGAGAGGCAGGGGGAGAGGGGGGAGCGGAGGAGGAGGAGGAAGGCAAUUGCAGCAGCCUACAGGAGAGAGUGGUUUGGACGUGUCUGCUGAAGAAUCUGAUGGAUCAUCUUCAUCAUCACCCCAGAGAGACCAGCAGGAUCAGGAGUUGUUCAGCGGUGCCGCUGGAGAACUGGGCUCUGGUGACCUUGCCAGCAUCCAGCAAAAUUUCAAACACUCCAUACGGUCCUCUGUCCUGAAUGUGGCAUCCUGUACUCCACCAGGCUGCAGCACCGUAAGUGUGAACACAAGUUCAUGGUCCGCUGUCCAGACUGUGGGAAGCGCUGUGUGAAUGAACUCGGCCUCAAGAGUCACCAGAGGCAACACCGUCAGGACCUUAAGUUUCCCUGUAAGUUCUGCCUCCAAUCCUUCAGGACGCGGCCGGACAAGCUGACCCAUGAGAAGACCCACAGAUUCAAAAAUCACAGAUGCUACAGCUGCUCAGAGUGCCCAAUGAGGUUUGACAACAUCCUCAUACGGAAUCGCCAUCUCAGAGAGCACAAGUCCAAGAAACACAUCUGUCAUACAUGUUACAAGGAAUUCGCCAAAGGUCACCGCCUGAAGAGGCACGAGCUGUCCCAUAGUGACGACAAGCCCUUCAAGUGCCAGGUAUGCAAUAGUUACUUUUUGUAACUCCUAUUUUGAAGCGGGAUAAAUCUGUAAAAAAUAAAAAAGCUUUACGUUUUUAUUUAAAUCAGGAGUAUUGUAUUUACAUAGUCCAUGUUGCUCUUCCCUGUGUGCCAGGUUUGCCAGCGUGCCUUUGCCCAGCCAGCUGAAGUCCCACCUGCGUGUCCACACUGGGGAGAGGCCCUUCCAAUGCCAGCGCUGCGACAAGAGCUUCAACCACAACGUCAGCCUCAAGAACCACGUCAGACGCUACCACAGCCAAGACUCAGGGCUGGACCCUGAUGAAGGACCAGGAGUUGGGGGACAGGGGGAGAGGAGGGAAACAGAUGGCAGGACUGGGCAGGAGGGAGGGGAGGUGGGACAGAGGAAGCCUCGGCAUCAGGUAGAGAUAACCUUCUGGACUGAGUGGGAGAUGUGGGCUGAAGGAAAGGGAGCAAAGAGAGUGGAGGAGAAACAGAGGAAGAGGAAUCGCCAGUGCAAGGAUGAUCCUGAAGAAGAAAGACAGCGAGAGAGUGAC